CUCAACAAACUCAAACGCAUACUCUCUCUCUCUCUGUCUCUGUGACACACUUCUCACCAAUGGCAACCGCGACAGCAGCCACGUCGUCCUUCAUGGGGGCGCGCCUGGUGGAGGCGCAAUCGGGGUCGGGUCGGGUGCAGGCGAGGUUCGGGUUCGGGUCGAAGAAGAAGGCGGCGGCGAAGAAGGUGUCGAAGGGGUCGGAUCGGCCGCUGUGGUACCCGGGGGCGAAGGCGCCGGAGUGGCUGGACGGGAGCCUUGUGGGAGACUACGGGUUCGAUCCGUUCGGGCUGGGGAAGCCGGCGGAGUACUUGCAGUUCGAGCUGGACUCGCUGGACCAGAACCUGGCGAAGAACGAGGCGGGGGUUAUCAUCGGAACGAGGACGGAGGUGGCCGACGUGAAGUCGACGCCGUUUCAGCCCUACAGCGAGGUCUUCGGCUUGCAGAGGUUUAGGGAGUGCGAGCUCAUUCAUGGACGCUGGGCCAUGCUUGCUACUCUUGGGGCUCUCACUGUUGAGUGGCUCACCGGUGUCACAUGGCAGGACGCCGGCAAGGUGGAGCUAGUGGAAGGGUCAUCAUACCUUGGGCAACCACUUCCAUUCUCAAUCACCACAUUGAUUUGGAUCGAGGUUCUGGUAAUUGGCUACAUUGAGUUCCAGAGGAACGCAGAGCUUGACCCAGAAAAGAGGCUCUACCCAGGUGGAAGCUACUUUGACCCAUUGGGCUUGGCCUCAGACCCAGAGAAGAAAGCCACCCUGCAAUUGGCAGAGAUCAAGCACGCACGUCUUGCCAUGGUGGGCUUCCUGGGCUUCGCAGUCCAAGCUGCUGCCACCGGCAAGGGCCCACUCAACAACUGGGCCACCCAUUUGAGUGACCCACUCCACACAACCAUCAUUGACACCUUCUCAUCCUCCUCUUAGACUUGUGUACCACGUAAUUAAUAUAUUGUGCCUUGUGGCUUUGGCUUGUAAACAUUUUCACUUAGCUGGAUAAUUAGUGCUUGUGAAACUAAACUAGUAACGUGAAUUGGAGAGGCUGAGUAAGCAGAAUGCUCCUGCUUGAUGUUCAA